AUGUCACUUUCUCAGCCCAAAGGUCCGCAAGACGUCGUUGUUACAGGUACAUUUGACAACUGGUCAAAAACAUUGCCAUUAGUUAAAGAAGCAGAUGGCUCUUUCGCAUUACAAGUUCCACUUCCACCUAAAAAGGAAAGCAUCUUGUACAAGUACAUUGUUGACGGUGAAUGGAAAACCAAUCCCGAGGAGAAUGUCACUAAAGACUCUGAUGGAAUUGAAAAUAACAUCUUGGACGCCGAGGAUUUGGUGAAUUUGUUGACUGUUCCAGGAGCCUUGAUUCCAGAAACUGGAUUACAAUACAGCUUAGCUCAUGGUGGCCACUUGCCACACCACGAGACUCAACCAAAAGGUCCAGGCGAUUUCAAUGCCACAGUUAUGCCAAAAGAAGAACAAAAACAAGUCUCUGUUACUGGUGAGCCAGGUAUUCAGAUCCCUCAAGGUAAAGAUCAAUUAUCGGCAUUUGAAACUUUUGAAAACACCGAUCCAAAGGCCUCGAAUGAAAACGUCAAGGAAGUUGGAACAGCAAACAUUGCAGGUACAACUGCAGACGCAUCCGGUAGUACUGCUCCUGCUACUGGGACCUUAGUUGAAGGUUCCGAAUUGACUUCUGAAGAUAAAGAAAAACAAAAGAAAAAAAUCAAGAGAUCAAAAUACAAGGCAAAGAAGAAAGCUAAAGCCGCCGCUGCUGCUGCAUCUGGUGGCUCUUCUCUCGAGCCAACACCAUCUCCAUCGACUGAAGGUGUCUAUUCAAGUGAAAUUGAGGGUGCCAACAAAAAAGAAGAAGAAGAAGAAGAAAAAGAAAAAGCUGCUGUUGCUGUUUCGGCACUUGAGACUGGAAAUGGCGCUACUGCUUCUGACUACCUUGGUGAAACACCAAGAGUCACUCAAAACGAAGUAAGAAGAGAGUCAGUUGCCAACACCCAGUUGAAUGAUCAAGUUCGUGAAGAGUUUAAUGACGCUGAUAACAAUGCCGGAAAUAACUUUGAAGACGUGGAAGGAGAAGAAGAGGACGAGGACGAUGAUGAUGAUGUGCGAGUUCCUGUUAGUCGUGGACAUGGUGCCGAUGAUAUCACUAGCGAGGACCAACUUGCUCAAGAGCCAAAGAAGGAUGAAAAUGAGCAUACUGCUGCUAAAAUUUUGGGCGCUGCUGGGUUAGGUGGUGUUGCUGGGGCUGGCUUAGGGUCCUUGGGCUCACAACCAAGCGGGUCUCAGGUCAAAGAUCAAGGUGGUGUAGACCCAUUAUCUUCUUCACCUUUAGGAGCUCAUCAACAAGCACAACAAACACAACAAGCACAACAAGCACCGGUUGCUACUUCGAAGGACUUUGCUCAUACCCCAGCUACAUCUUCCACCGCAACAGCUGUCCCCGCUACUGCUACUACUGCUGCUAAUCCUACUGCUACACCUGCUACUGUUGCUAAUCCUAUUUCUACUACUACUUCAGAGCAACCAAAGACCUUGGAUCCAAAGGCUGUUGAACCGGAAAAGAAGGAGUCAGUAUCGUCCGGUCUUAACUCUGAGCCAUUGAUUCCACCAGUUACCGGAUCUGACCUUCCUGAUACUAGUGAAGGUAAAGAAGUUGAUGCAUCACCAGUCACCAAAACAACUGCAUCUACAGCCCCAGUUGCUACUGGUGGAUCUACGGCUGCAACUACUGCACCCGCCAUUGACUCUACUGGCCCUGCUUCUUCAGUGGCUAAGGAGUCUCAAACUCAAGAGGAAGAAAUUAUUAUUGCACAAGGUAGUAGGAAGGAAAUUGAAGCUGCAGUUGAAGCUGCCGAGGGUCAUGAUGUUGUUCUCGAAGAAAUCAAGCCUACCAAGUCACAACAAGAGAGAUUGACACAAGAAGCUAAGCUUGCUGCUCAAGUUGAUGGUCCAAUUACCAUUGAAGCCGUACAUGGUCCAAUUGAUGAGACAUCCAAGACUGACGCUAAGGACACUAACGCUAACGCUACUACUAAACCUUCAGCGAAAGAUGUGAACAUUACCCCGGCAGCUGCUGCAACAGCCAAGCCAGCUGAUCCAAAGGAUGCUAAACCUUCAUCUUCUACUGCUGCGGCUACUGGAACAGCCACCAAGGCGCCAGCAAAGAAAACUAACACCGGCUCUACUCCAGCAAAGAAGGAUUCCUCCACUGCUAAGAAGACAGCUAAUGGAACUAAAGACAAGGAAGAGAAGAAAGGUGGAUUCAGAAAGUUUUUAAAGAAGAUCCUUUCCUAA